GUCUAGCUUGAAUAAUAAUUUUAUGAAUGGUUGUACCGUUUCUGAGUGUUGUGCUGAUUGUGAUAUGGCUGCUCAGCAUGAUCACAUGAUUGCUGCUAGUUUAGUUUACUGUGACCAAGAAGAAAAUAAUUCUGAUGAUGAUUGUUGUAUAUACACAUAUCGAGGUGAUCGACAAGAGCCAGAAGUUAACAAUUUACCUAUGAAUGAUAGAAGUGCAUCACCUUUGAUGGAUUACUUAGAAAUGGAUUUUGAUCCUGAAACUACUGCUGGUGAAGAUGGAGAAAUUGUCCUAAUUAACAAUGAUGACAAUGAACCUGAAGAAGAUCCAGUACCUAGUUUUUCCGGUGUUAAUAAAAAUGAAAAAGAAAACCCCAUUGAUACUAAAAUUGCAAUAAUUAAUGAAACAGAUAAUUCUACUCCUGAAUUGUCUGCUAUUAAUACUAAUUUACCUAUUAAUAGUAUAUACUUGAAUGGUGUCAAUGCUCUUCUUUCUAAGGAAGAACGUAAUGGAUGUUUAAGGCGUACUGGUGAUACUUUGGAGGUAUGUCAAAAAAUGAAAAGAAUGCGUGUAGACGAUUUGACUUGGGUCAAAGAAAUGGUAUGGUCUGAAAAUGAUGCAGCCCUUAUGCAAGUUAACCAAAUUGGUGUAUCUGCCUGUGGUGUAACUGCUGUUGUAAAUACUUUAUUAGCCCUAAGGAUACCAUUUAGUAUUGACCGAAUAAUUAAGACCAUUGGCACUCGUUUGCGUGAUGAAACUGCUCCUCUUGUUUCCUAUUUGGAAUCGUGUGCUAUGGCUGGUUGUAUGCCACAAGAUUUAGUAAAGACCUUAGAAACUGCUACAGAUUCACAAGUCAGUGCAAGGUUUUUUUCCACACAUCAAAAUUUGGAUAUGCCUUUGGCUCCCUGGCUUGCUAGUUGGAUUCAAAAAGGGGCAAUUCCAAUAUUGACAUUAAAUCGCCAACGUGGAAUUGUUACAUCACAUACACUUGUGCCAGAUAGCUGGCACCAUCAAAUGAUGUAUGGUGUAGCAUAUAACCCUUUACGUACAGAAUGCGCUCAAAUCUACCUAACCAAUCCUCUGAGUCAAUAUUCAAUGGAUGUGCUGAAGCCACAACUGAUUUCCCCAUCAACUUUGAUGAUUAAAAGAGCUGAUGUACUGUCAAGGUGGACCCCACAAACAGAUCUCAUGUCAUUAGCCACACAUUCUGAUAGACAUUGGCAUAGGUUUAAUGUGUUAGGACAAGUGGUGAAUCUUCUAAGGGAAGAAAAAGAAAGUGUCCAAUUUACUAAUCAUAUUGUGAUACCAGCCAACUAUAAAAGUGGUAUAACUUUAGCAAUGAAAUCAUCAUCAAACCAUUGCCAUGAAUUGAAAUCUGUGCCAGAAUUAUAGAUACCAAGAAAUUUAUUGUGCUUGAUUUAUAUAAAAUAAUCUAUUUUCAAAGAAUUUUUCACCACGUUAAGUAUUUUUUAAUUUGUAUAUAUUUUGUUAAACAACUAAAAUCUUUUAGAAUGCAAUGACAUAAUUUAAUAUAAAAAAAUAUUUUUUAAACUCAAUCAAUGUUACCUACAUAAAGAUUUUCCUAGUAUUAUAUAUUUGGCAUUAUAAUAGUGGUUAACAAAGGUUGAUAGAGAAUACAUUCAAAUUUAGACCUUGAAGUGCAAACAAAAAAAAAAUGUAAUUCUUUUAAAUAAAAAUGUAUUAUUAUUUA